AUGUCUGAUUUAGAAGAAGAUUUAUUAGCAUUAGCUGGAGGUGAUGAUUAUGAACCAGAUCAAGGUGACGAUGAUGAAAUUGAAGUUAGUACAAGUAAAAGAAAAUCAAAUUAUGAUGAAGAUGAAGAUGAAGAUGAAGAUGAUGACCAGGUGUUAUCAAAACGUAGAAAAUUAGAAGAAGAUAAUGAAUCAGACGAUUAUGCACCAGAAGAUAUAGAAGAAGAUGAAUUGAUUAAUCCUUAUCCAUUAGAAGGUAAAUAUAAAAAUGAAGAAGAUCGAUAUUUAUUAGAAUCAAUGGAUGAAAUUAAAAAGGAAGGAAUAUUAUAUGAAAGAUCACAAGAAAUGGAAAGAUAUAAUGAAAAGAAAUAUUUAAAAGAAAGAAUGAAAAGGGAUAGAAUGAUGAAGAAUCAACAAUUGAAAAAACCUGAGUUACCAAGUAAACCAACAAGAAGUUCUGGUAGAAGUAAAACUAGUACCAAGGCAGAUGUACGUAAUGAUAAAUUAAACGAAUUAAAGAAACAAAGAGAACAAGCAAAUCGAAGAAAGACAAGAAGAAGUAAAGACGAUUAUGAAGAAGAAAGUGAUGUUGACGAAUUACCGGAUGAAGAUGAUGAAGAAAUGGUAACCGAUGAAAGUGAUUAUGAUGAUGGAAUUGUAACAUGGGGUGGUAAAUCCAAAAUACCAAGUAGAAGACUGAGAGAACCAAGUACAUUAGAAGAUAUAAAUAAAUUACGAGUCGGUAGAACUGUUUUAGCUAAAUAUUGUUUUCAUCCUAAAUUUUUUGAUUUAUUAAUUGAUACAUUUGGUAGAAUAAAUUUAGGUAUUGAUAAAAAAACUAAAAAACCAUUAUAUAGAAUGGUUAAAAUAAUUAAUAUAGAAUUAAAACCAGAAAGAGCUUAUAGAAUAGCUAAUAAUUCAAAUAAAACAGAUUUAUAUAUAUGGGUUUCACAAAAUAGAAAUCAAAAGAAAUUAUUUCCAAUAAAUAUAUUUUCAGAUUCACCAAUAUCAAAAGAUGAAUUUGAAAGAUAUUUGAAAGAAUUAUCAAAAACAAAUGAAAGAAUUGAUUAUAAAGAAGAUGUUGAAGAAAGAUUUGAAAAUAUAAAAGAAUUUUUUGAAAAAGGUCUUUCAGAUCAAGAUAUAAAUGAAAUGAUUGAAAGAAAACGUAAAAUUCAACAGCAAAAGGGUGACUAUAAAAUAUAUGAAGCUGUUAAAUUAAAUGCACAAUUAAAUGAUGAAUAUAAAAUUUUUAAACAACAAGGUAAUUUGAUUGAAGCUAAAAAAACACUUGAUAAAUUAAAAGAAAUUGAACAAGUAUUAAAGAAAUAUCAAAUUAAAAAUUCAAAUUCAAAACAAUUGGAUGUAAUGACAAAAGUUAAUCAAAGAAAUAGAAAAUUAAAUAAUGAAAUUAUAAGAAAAGCUGAAAUAAAAAGUCAUUCAAUAGAUUCAAAAGACCUUGACAAUGGUGGAGAUCCUUUUAGUAGAUUAAAAACAACAACAAGAAUGUUUUAUCAAGAUUUAAUUGAUGAACAAAAUAAAAAAGCCAUGAAAGAUUUAAAUAUACAAGAAGAAAUCAACAAAAAGGCAAAACAAGAAAAAAUAAUUGCAAAAAGUACAUAUAGAGAUUUGGGAGAAAUGGACAAAUUAAUUAAAACAAUUGAAUUUGAUAUUGAAUUAGUUUUAUAG